UAUCAAAUGAGUCUCAAUAGCGAAGACCUCCAUUCUUCACAAAUAAGCGAGAAGGUCCACGAUGAUUACUUCAGAGGAUACACAGAAUGAGAAAUAGUUAACAUACAAGAUGAGGAGCCUGAAGACCAAGUUACCUUCGUCUUUAGCCCUGUAUAUGAGUAACUUCCCUUUGAAUAUUAUAUACACUUUAGUGCAGAUUUAUAGGAACAGUAGCCAUUUCCCAUAUGUCUUCAUGAGUUAUUCCCUGUUUUAUAGAGCAGAGAGGACACGGAUCGUCUCACACUCCAGCGAGAAAAUUAAAGAUAGCAGCUCAAGUGGAGCUAAGGAAUCUAGUAGGAAACUGAGAAUCAAAGAUAAAAAUGAAAUUAUUUGCACGGAAAGUCAAGAAUCGCAAACUCAAAGACAACGCUUUCGAAUCAAUGCAGUAAACAAGAUUGAAGAAAGAAAUCCAGAGCCCAGUCGCUCUCAGUUGUACUGGAAUUUCUCUGCAAUAAACAAAUCACUAGGUAGAAUUCAUACAAAGAAGAAAUCUAAAGAUCUUCUAUAUAAGAAAUUCUUUAGUAAACAAUCUGGAGCACUUCCAAGGCAUUAUAAAACGGGAUCAACCAGCUCUCCCAAAAAGUUUGUCUCAUCUCGGAAACAAGGUUACGGGAAGGGAUUAAGCGCAUCAAGUACUGACAUAAAUAAAAGGAGCAUUAGACUAGAGCGAGGCCUCUCUACCAAGUCAUGUAGCCUUACCCAAAAAUUCGAAAAAUCCCUAAAAACAAAUACACCAUGAAAAGUCCAGAUUUCCGCAAUAUCCACAUGCCCCGAUUCAGACUUAAUCUCAACAAAACACCCCAUUACAACCUCCAAAUUCAAACCUCAGCGCUCAAAACCCCCCAAAACCUCCAAAAUCCCCUCAAAAUCAACCAAACCCCCCUCCAUCCCCCACAAAUCCCUCCCCAAAUCCUACACCCUCAAAGUAAAAUCUCUCCAAAAUCACCUCAAAAGUAACCAUUUCCCUUAAAAAUUCUAGAUCUCACAAAAUCUCACUCAAAGCCUUUAUUUUACAAGAGGAAGAGCAGAAGGAAACCUUCCGGGUCCCCUAGAGCUAACUUUGGGUGUUUUAACUGGAGAGAUUAAGAAAUGGAAGUUAAACAUCAAUUAUCCAAUAAACCUGUC